CGUAGCCUGGUACGAAGUACCUUGUACCGUAUGGUACGUAUGAAGGCAUACACGUAAAAGGCAUGAAUCCUGUACUGUAUGUACCGUAAAAUACGAGUAAUGAGUUCGUACGAGUGCGUACGUAAMUCGUAACCUACCGUACCGGUGCGGUAGGAUGCAGUGAUGUGAAACAUUCUUCUCGAUUGAAACGGACGACGCUCUUUUUUUUUUCUUUUUCCUUCCAAGGUUUUCACUUUCCUUCCAUUUCCUUCUCUCCCAAAAUUCCUUGUCAACUGAAGUACGAUAGUAGUACGUACUCAUACCUGUACGAGUCGUACUUCUACCGGACCGCAACGCUUAUUGUUUCAAUCUCGAUUGUUCCAAASUGCUUUGUGUUCUCUGCGGUCGAGAACACCCGGAAAGAGAAUCGGAGACAAAASAAACAGGACGCAUUCCCCUUUCCACGCACUUCACCCCGACGCCACAGACCAAUGAUGGAUUUCGACAACGCGGCCGCUCGAUUGGCGCGAGACCAAUCCAAGAUGAGGGGGCGACGCAGGGGCGGACUCGCGAUUUCGGCCAGGGCCGCGAAGCAGGCCGAGUACCAGAAGAAACAGCAGGCACGGCUCCGUGCGGAACGGGAACAAAAGAAGAGAAAAGAGGCGCACCGGCAGCAGUGCCUGCACGAGUGCCGGAGGCUGUGGAAAGAAAAGCCUCUGGCGGGUGGGUCGUCGUCGUCGUCGUCGUCGUCGUCGUCGUCGUCGUCGUCGUCGUCGUCGUCGUCGCUCCUCCUGACACCCACCUCGAUCCACGGCAACGGGGACAAGAUCGCCCUGCCUCCCUCCGUAUUGGAAACCCUGACGUCGCAGUCGUUGACCYCGAGCAUGGAAGACGGGAAUCCCUGGACGUUUCGGAUCGGGGUCUUGAAUCCGAGCUAUGAAUUUCCGGCGUCCCCAUCGUUCCGAAACCUCGCGGCGCCUGCCGAAAUUGACGACGAGGACGACGACGACAUGAGCGACGAAGACGACGAGAACGACRACGAAGAAGAAAAGAGCAGGCUCUAUCUGGACGAGCUGGACCAUAAAUACCUGUCCUAUACGCACUGUACCGUAGUGGAAUUCACACAAGAAGAAGGCCACGUUGGAAUCCCACGCCACGUUGCCAGGGCGCUCCUAGACCCAASCAAUCGACGCAGCGGAGCCGAGAUCCCCUCGACGACCACCGUCGAUCCGGCGGCUUCUCGUGCCGAUGCAGAUGCGGACGCCGAGGGAAACGACGAAGCGAUGGGAGUGGACGACGGGACCGAGCAGACGCCGGGCCACCUGGCCUGGGGGGCCUUUGAGAUUCCGGAGGCACAGCUCGAGAUCACCAUGGUGAAGCUGCCAAAGGGGACCGGAUGCACACUGGUUCCCACCGAAGAAGCGGUCCGAAGCAACUUUUACGGCCUCAAGGACGUGAAACUGGUCCUGGAGCAAUCAUUGAUCCGCACCCGAGCGACGCUGUCGAGAGGCGACAAGGUAAGCACCUGGCACAGGGGGACCGAGUACCUGCUGACGGUCUCCAAGGUGAUCCCGUCGUCGUUCCAUGCCGUCACGUGCAUCAACACCGACAUCGAGGUGGAGAUCGGGGAAACGAACGCAAAGCCGGACCAACCACAAGCCGAUCCGAGUCCUGCCGAAAAGGAACCAGCGGAAUCCGGUGCGACAAACCACGCCGGUUCCGGAUUUCGGCUCGGCACCGGCCAAUCGCUGGCGUCGCCGCCGCAGCAGCAACGCCGCGUAGAUUCGCCGCAACCCGGUGAGACAAUAGUUGCUGCGGCGGCACUGCUUGCGGAGCCACCCAUCGAACAAAAAGACGGCGUGUGCGUGGUUCAGAUCCGAUUCAGCGGAGGCCACGGCAAGCGACGCUUCGCGAUCGGAACGGCCCGCACGAAAGACCUMUUUGCCUUUGCGGCAUCCCUGGUGCAUCGAAACGAACGRACCUUUCGGCUGGUGACACGGUUYCCCCGCCGAGAAUUCAGCCUGGCCGGUAACGGCGCCGACGACGACAGCGCUAUGGACGAUGGCAGCGGGAACCACGCCCGGCCGCUGGCAGAACUGACCCUAGAGCAGGCCGGAAUACAGCAAGGACAAGAGAUGUUUAUGGUCGAGGACUUAUAGUUCUUUGGAAGACCGUCACUGCCGACGUUUCUCUUUGAACUGGCACAGCGUCGUGGUUUGUAACCAGGCCGCGAUUGGAACCAACCAAACGAUUGGAUAAAAUUGAAUCUUGUUAGUUUUAGAAACAGACUCAUAUAGCAAUUCAGUCACAAGUACGGUACACUGUGCGGCUCCAACAUUGCAUUGUUUGAAUUUGAUUUGUACGUUUGAGAUAGAGCCAAAUCCUUUUCAGAAUGUUUGUAGGCAGCAACACCCGAGUUUUGGAAUCGAAGCUUAUACACAUAGAACGAGCAUGCCAGCAACCAAACCAAAACAGAGGAAAUUGUGGGGCCAACCCUUUUUUUGUUUGUUGCAAUCGUAUUCGUUAGUUCGUUUUGGAUAUCUAUCCUUCUUGUUCGAUGGUCCUUUCGCGACGACACAUCCAACGGCCGCCUGCGCUAUCUCAUUCAAUGGUGAUGACCGAUUCGACCAACAGGCGUUGUCUGGGACGGCGAUUGCUUCUCGGCUCUCCCGUCGUAUCUCCCCGACUCCGUGCCUCCUUUGCGACAUGGUCCAGCAACCMGAUUUUGCUUUGUGUGAGCGUAGCACGCCAAUUCCAGAUGGUAAAUUCCGCAUUGAGCUUCGAAUCUUGUAAAACCCCGUUCACUCGUUCUUCAUAGCUGGCAUCCAGAGGUGCAAGAAUUCUUUGUUGUUKGCUCCAACUCCACUUUAGAACGGGAUGUUGCUGCGUUUGCAUAAGUCGAAGACUCCCUAGCCACCGGUACUACGACUCACUAUUUAUUGAAUAAUCAGGAUAGAUUCCG